UGCAGAUUAAACAGGAAGAAAGGGUAGGGUUGAGUGUCGCCUGGGUAGGUUGACCCGAACCUGAUCCGCGAUUACUACCAUAAACAAAGAAUCUUGUCACCUUCAAUGUUCGUCUCGACCUCUUCUCCAUUCGAAUAUAAUCCUAGAAUUUUGAUAGAUUUUUGUUAGGUUCCAAUUUUAUUUUUUUUUAUUUUUUUUUCUCGGAACCCCAUUCUAAUUUUUCAUUAGCUGAAGUCCAAUCGUUGUUAAAAUACAUACAGUAUCGUGUCUGGAUAAUGGGUGUGGGUUUAUCUGUUCUCAUAGGCCUAAAGGCCGCAGCUCUAUUCAUUUUCUUCGCAUAUCUCAGAACACUCGGCUUAAUUUUGCUAUCUGUCCCCAUUUUGUAUGCAUCCCUGAUUUCGUUCCUUGUUGCAAUCGCUUCACAUCCCUACAUCAAUCUCCCUAUACUCAUCGGAAAGGGCUCAGAUGGCAAAAUACCCAUUUGGUCAUUGAUUUUGUUCAGUCCACAUUUGUAUUUCGUCAGAGCAUUUUCAGCUCUCAGGAGGCUCACCACUGGAGAUCCGCCGUACACCGAGAUUUUCGAAGGGUUAUAUGUGGGUGGGUGGCCCUACUCGCCGGAAAAGUGCCCGCCCGGUAAACCUGCCAUUAUCGACUGCACUUGUGAGCUUCCCAGGAAGGAGGAGCUAUCUGGGCAUGCUUAUCUGUGCAUUCCCACGUGGGACACACGCUCCCCUCACCCAGCUGAGAUUGAGAGGGCUGUGAACUGGGCUUGUAGGAAGAGGGCGCAGAAGGUUCCGGUGUUUAUUCACUGUGCAUAUGGUCAUGGACGUAGUGUGGCUGUAAUGUGCGCGCUGCUUGUGGCUCUUGGCUUGGCAGAAGAUUGGAAAAGUGCAGAGAAGAUGGUAAAAGAAAAACGGCCUUCCAUUCGUAUGAAUGCUCUUCACCGCAAAGCCUUGGAGGAAUGGUCCAAGGACCGAUUAUCCCAGCCAGCUAAACAGAACCGAGAUUCUGGGCCCGCUUCACUGAUCUUUUCUAAUGCAUCGGGAAAAUCUCAAUAAUUACGUUGGCGGGAAAACAAUGCAAAACAUUAUUACUUUUCUUUUUCAUUGUACUGCAGCAACUAGCAAGCUUUAUUUUCCAUCAACUGUUUUGCAUGGAAAAUCUAAUUUGUCAAUCUGUGUUGAGUGUGUGUUUUACUGUUUUUAUGUUGGACAUUUAGUAGAGCCAUGUUUAAUGUGUUUGCCUACUUAUCGAUGUAUAAUGUGAUUUUAUUGUCAUGAUUUUUUAUUU